AGUGGAGAGUGUAAGGUGGGGAACGGAUAACGUGAGGCUGUAGGUAUAGGUCCAAAGAAAGUCAGCGAUAGGACGGAGGUUCAUGACGGCAACCAGUGCACUGGGAGAUACGGGCCAGCCUACGUUAGUGUGAACUAAGUGUAAAGAAGGAGCUCAAGUAUGAAAAGGAACUGAGCUGGGAAAAAGAAAAAGGAGUGUAAAAAGAAAGCAAGAAGCUCGCCAAGAAUCAAGAAGUAGCAAAAUACGAAAUAACGGUCAGUGAUUGGAAAAGCCCGAUGUGACGAAUGAGCAAAUGACAAGUAAGAAGAUACAAUGAAAUAAGAUAAGAAAUAAGACCAGCGUAAUUAAUAUGACCAACAAGACAUGAAUUUAUGGCUUUAGGUGAACUAUUAUUUUGGGGAAACGUUUACGGAAGAAGCCUACGGAAAGCUUUGAAUAAAACUCCUAACUUUCAAAUUCUCGUGGCUAAUUCGUAUACUGUUAUUUAGCUUGCGCAGCAUCGGAUCGUGCUCACCAUCAAGCACAACAAAGAGUGCAGCAAGACUGCAGCCUCCAGGACCUAUUGCAUUGCAGCAUAUUACGACGCACGUGUUUUACACAAAGAUAAGCGGUUUCAGCCAGCCACGUGCGCAACACGUUCUUCUGACUCACAGUUGGCAGCUUCUCCGAACUCAGUGAAGGCACGAUGCAAGGUCUGCUAUCUCCUCUUGCCUUCCACACCAAUCUCUUCUCUGCGCGCGCCAAGCCCUGCGGUGACGGCCUGGUCUUCCGCUUACACUACCGCGUCACGUUCGCCCUACUGAUGGCCUGCUGCCUGCUGGUGACGGCCACCCAGUAUAUCGGAGCACCCAUCUCCUGCCUGAGUGACGACUCUCUGCCGCAGAACGUCAUCAACACGUACUGCUACAUCGCCAGCACGUUCACCCUGCCGUCUUCCACCGCGCUGCGGCACGGCUGGAAGGCCGCGCAGCGGCGCCGUGUGGUGCCGGGCAGUGGACCCGAGGAGCGGCGCUACCACAACUACUACAUGUGGGUGCCCUACAUGCUGUUCCUGCAGUCAGUCUCCUUCUACCUGCCGCACUGGAUCUGGAAGGUGGCGCAAACGGACAAAGUGCGCGGAAUACUGCAGGGGCUCAACUACGUAGUAGUUGACGACGAACAACGUCGUAUGAAGGAGGCCCUCAUGGUCAACUACCUGGUCUUCCACUGGGGCUCCCACACAGCCUGGGCCUUCAAGUACGUGCUGUGCGAGACUCUGAACCUGCUAAACACGGUGCUUCAGCUGGUGGUGACCGACUCGUUCCUCGGAGGACAGUUCCUCGGUUACGGACCACGGGUUGUUCAGUACCUGCGGCACGGCGCCGAGGAGGAUGCCGACCCGAUGAAUCAGGUUUUUCCGCGGCUAACCAAGUGCACUUUCUACCGUUUUGGAGCUGGAGGAAGUUUGGAGAGAUUCGACGCUCUCUGCGUCCUCAGUAUCAACGUGGUCAACGACAAGAUCUACCUGACCGUCUGGUUCUGGUACAUCGUUCUCAUUGCACUGGGCAGUUUGCUGUUCGUGUACCGGCUGGCCACCGUAUUCUCGCCAAAGCUGCGCCGUCGUCUGCUGCUGGCUAGGGGGAGUCGGUACGGUGCUGACCCGGCCAUUGAUGACGUCACAAGAAAGUGCGGCUACGGCGACUGGUAUUUGCUGCGCACGUUGAGCCGGAAUAUGAGUGCACCUGUGUUCUCCAGCGUAGUCAGACAGCUAGCUGUUCAAUUGCCGCGAACACGGACAACAAUGGUUGAGGUCAAAGUAUGACGUCAUGCAUAUAGUGGUGGGAGGACUGCGGAUAGUGAUGGAAAGACUGCAAAUAGUGAUGGGUGGACUCGCAUAUAGUGUUGGGAGGAAUUGCAGGCAUAGUGAUGCGUCAAUUUAAAUACGGAGAGGGCGGAUGUCAGUGAUAGUGAUUAUCAGGAGUCACAUAGAGUGAUGGGAGAAGCGACGUUCCAAUUCUAACGUUCCGUGAACGACAUCAGAAUACUAUCACAUUCGCACCUUUGAUUGAUGUGUGUUAUGUCUAAUGACGCAUCUGCAUGCUACAAUGGUUUGAAAGGAAUAUUUAGCCGAUUGCAAGGUUGUUGAAAUAAUAAUGCCUAAUGGCGAGGUGUUACUGAAGCAUAUGUGCGUGUUGUGUAUCUAUGUAUUUUUACUGGCAAAUGUGAGCACUGAUUGGGUGUGUCCAUUAGCAUUGCUACUAUUAGCACCGUUAGAAAACAUUUAGCAAAAUGUUAAGUAUUGUCAUGUAGUUUGCACUAAAUGACGAAAAUUGGACCAUAUUGUGCCCAACUUUCUUCGUUUUUACAGGGUCCAUGAAUACUUACGAUUUGGUAUUUGAAAACUGAAACAUUCUACAAUCAUCAACUAUUUUCAUUCAUCAACUUUAAUAAAAAAACAAGUUAGGAAAUAGUGAAUAGUGAAGAAAUCAAUGUUUACUGGGUUAUCGAAUCAUAAUGCAUGUAUUUAUAACUUAGAUGCCGUGCUUGGUUUUAAGAGCACGCAGAUACAAAAGUGUUGAGAAGACAGCCAAGUAGGUAGGUAGCCUACUGUUAGAUUCGUCACGGCUAACUAUGUCAUGUUAUAACCGCAUCGGCAAAGAACUGGUAAUUAAGUAUCAUCCAAUAUCGACACCUUUUUUCAAACCCCACAUCUGCUCUCCCGUGAAUUUCCGGGAGGCACGAAAGAUCUCCUUUUAAAAGUGUCCAAUCGUCCGAUCCUGAUCAAAUAUGUGUGUUCGUAGGCUGUUCUGGUAUUGCUUUAUCUGCCAAGACAGAAAAACUUGAGAAAAAUCGAGUGAUUGUACCUUUUUUGAAGGUCUCUAACCAACUUGUCUGAACUUCACCGGAGAACAAAUGUGGGGUUUAAAAAAACGUGUCGAUAUCAUGUAGGAUUCUGGACAUCAUACGGUCAACCCCGUCUAUUUGUAUGUGAAUACUGGACAUGGUUCAUGCUUUAGCUGUAUUUUUCUGCUUGACAUGAUGCUAUAGUGCCUUCAUAGCCAUUGUUUAUAAAAAAAUACGCAUUCUUGAAGUGAAAACUCGUGAUCUUUACGCUCAACUGCCAUCACUGAAAUGCCAUCGACUUCAGAGUUGUUCUGUGUGCUUCCAUACAGCCUAAGGUGCUGCUUUUAGGCAAAGUCAGGCGCCAUGUUGGUUCAAUUACGAAUGUAUUGUAUCAUCUAUAUUGUGUUGUAUAUUUACAAUGUAUAUUGUUUGUAGUGAUGUAUGAAUUGGUGAUGUUGGAAUAGGCCCAUAUGCAUCAAUACACGUGUGUCUUUACA